ACGACUACUGCUGUCUCCUUCUCGCUCAGUCAUGUCGCCAUUUAAUUUUUCGACGCAUCACAGCAUCGGUCUUGGUCUUGAUUGGUCUGCUUGAGCUGUUUACUUGCGUCAAGUUUAUCGAGUUUCCUUACGAUUCCCGUAGAAAACGUCACAUCAUCCAAAAUGAUGAAACAAAUGAAUCAAUUAAUCCCCAUCGGCUUCAGCAAAUGGGUCUACAAUCUUAGCGGAUUUAAUCAAUAUGGUUUGCUCGUCAAUGAUCUAUUUAAUGAAGAUCUUCCAGAUGUAAAAGAAGCGGUAAGGCGUCUUCCCCCAGAAAUUAGAGAUCAACGCAACUUUCGUAUAAUAAGAGCCAUGCAGUUGUCCGCCUGCCACAGAAUUCUACCUAAGGAACAGUGGACUAAAUAUGAAGAGGAUGUUCAUUAUCUUCAGCCAUAUCUCAAUCGAGUUGUAGAAGAGCGCAAAGAGAAGGAGGAAUGGGAAGCGUCGUAAAGUAGUUUAGCAUAAUGAUUAUUGAAUAGUAAUACAAUAAAUGUUACUCAUUCUUUAAUGCAAACUUGCGAAGAAGAGCUGGUCUGUACAUAUAUAAAACGACUAAUUAUUAAAUAAAUUACAUUCACUUACUCAAAACA